AUGAUAAAAUACCAAUAUUGGGGGAGUUUCCGUAGAGUGUUGAACUUACAACGAUACGUGGGUCAAAAUGUGGUGGUGGGAAGAUUGAAGUUAAAUAAUGCUGUAGAUUCAAGAACACCACUUAUCACAAAAGUUUUCAUCAGAUCAAUACAUUAUUCCAUACCUCCCAGAAAGGGCCCUCCUAUAUCUAUGAAAGAUAUUGAUUACAAGAUCGAUGACCUUCACUUGGAUAAGAUUAGCAUGCCCACUGAGAAAGUACCUAUCACUUUACAUCAUGAGGUUUAUGGAAAAAAUACAAACCAAUCACCUAUAAUAUUCCUUCAUGGUUUUUUAAAUGAUGGUAGGAUAUAUUCCUCUGUGGCACCUCAGAUCAACACUAGAACAGGGAAGCCAUGUUAUACGUAUGAUUUGAGAAAUCACGGUCAGUCUGGAAGAAAGUUCCCCCAUGAUUAUCAGAGUAUGGUAGAAGAUGUGAUCUAUACUAUUGAGAAACAAGGAUUAAAAGAUGUAUCAUUAAUAGGACAUUCAAUGGGUGCUAAAGUUGCUAUGCUAGUAUCAUUGAAACGACCUGAUCUUAUAUCUGAUCUUAUAGUCAUUGAUAAUUCCCCAGUGGUCAACGAUGUGUCCAAAUUAGAUCGUAUGAUAGAGAGACUCUUAAUUGGCUUAUGUCAUGUAGAAACUCAACUCACCGCUAAAUAUGGUAAGGAUAUUGUUGAUUAUAAGCUCUUAUAUGAUGAUACAGUUAAAAUAUUAAGACAAUUCAACAUCAAUGAUUUGGUGAUCAAAGCUAUUCUCCCAAAUAUCGUUGUUGGUAAGCCUCAUAAACUCACAGCAUCAGUUCUUCCUUUUAUGAAAUACGAUGUAAGAAGUAAAUUGGGUGAUUGGCCAGUUUCUUAUCUUCAACCUUUGAAAAAGUUGGAUAAACCUACCUUGGUUAUUAGGGCCAAGAGAUCAAGAUACAUAAAUGAUGAUAAUCUCACAAACGAUUAUCCUAAAUACUUCAACGAUUUGACAGUAACAGAAAUGAACACUGGUCAUUUUGCAUUUGUGGAACAUCCCACACAAUUUGUGAAAAUUGUAAGUGAAUUCCUCAACAGACCAAAAGCAUCAUAA